AAGUAAACAUAAAGGAAGAAUAGUAGCUCUUGUUUACUGCUUGUUUGAUUCCUCAGGAUGGAAGAAGAGGAGCAGCAGCAGCGUUCAUUAAUGUUUCUCCUGACUUACAUGCUGCUGAAGCGCAGGAGGGAUCUAAACAACGCAGACGCUCAGAGACGCAGCGAAAUCCAGAGGCGCAUCCGGCAUCGGCAGUAUUUCUUCCAGAGACAGAGGAGGAUGCUGAUGAUCAUGAUUGCAGGAGGAAUCCGCUCCAACAUCCGCAUGCGCACCCGGCCCUGGACCAACACUCCCCGCUCUGACUGGUGGGAGCGGGUGGUGAUGACGGAAUUCCAGCCCUAUGAUUGGCUGGAUAAGUUUCGGAUGAGCCGGGAGACCUUCUUCUACCUCUGCGACAGGCUGAGGCCCCGUCUAGCUCGCCAGGACACCAGCUUCCGCCUGGCGCUGCCGGUGGAGAAGCGUGUGGCCGUGGCCCUGUGGCGCCUCGCAUCCAACGUGGAGUACCGCACCAUCAGCACCCUGUUCGGCGUGGGGAAGUCCACUGUGUGUAGGUGUGUUAGAGACAUGUGCCACGCCAUCGUGGCUCUCCUCAGCUCCACCUAUCUGCGGACACCCACCGAGCAGGAGCUGGAGGAAUCGGCUCAGCUCUUUCACUCGUUCUCUGGCUUCCCACAUUGUGUUGCUGCUAUCACAACACUACACACAGCUAUCAUCACCCCAUCGAGCAACGCGUCUGACUACGCCAACCCUGCAGGCUGGCUCUCUGUCCUCUCUCAGGUGGCUAUCAGCGGCCGAGGGCACUUCUGGGAUGUGUGUGCCAGUUUCCCAGGUGGGACAGAUCCAGCUGAGAUCUUACAAAACUCAUCUUUGUGGUUCACAGCUGCAGAAGGUGGACUCUCACCUGCCACAACACCCAUCUUCAUGGGGAAACAACUAAGGUAUGUGCUGCUGGGGGAGGCCUGCUACCCUCUUCAGAGCUGGCUGAUGAGAGCGUAUUCGGAGCCAAAGAGCCAAAGGGGAUGCCGCGUAGAGCUGACGGAGCUGCAGCAGCUCUUCAACCGCGGCCUCAACAGAGCGCUGCGUGCCACGGAGGAGGUGCUGCUGAGGCUCAGGGCACGCUGGCAGUGCCUGAGCAAGAGGAACGACUGCGGGCUGGACGUGGUCCCCACCAUGAUCCUUGCCUGUUGCAUCCUGCACAACAUGUGCGAGUCCCAUGGGGAUUCCUUUAAAGCGGAGUGGCAGGAGGAGGUGUGCGGGGCAGAGAACCCGCAGCCUGGCUACAAACCCUCAGCCCCGAGCAGCACGGACCAAAUCGGUGCUGAGGAGGUCAGGGGCCUCUUCUGUGACUAUUUCCAGCUGCAAAGCACCUGACUACAGUCAAUGAAAAACGAGAUGGAAUCAGUUUGUCAUUAUGAAACACAGUAUAUAAACUACUGAAACUGUCCAUAAUGCAUUUAAUGCCUUAGCACUAUUUUAGAUGUGGGUCAAAAAUGCUAUUGUGUGAUAUCUUAACUUCAAACCUCAGUGUUGAGUUAUAUGUGUAUUUCAAUGUUUGAUCCUUUUGGCUUCCAAUAAGGCCAGAUCAGAACCAUCCUUCUGCAGAACUAUGCAGUUGUUAAAUGUACAGCUUGUACCUGUUGUUUUAAACAUGGAGUAUGUCAAGUCAAAGCUAUUUGUGUGUAUACUACCAGAUAAUCACAAGUGCAUUGAUGCAGUUGCUCAAAUGAUCCUACUACUACUUCAGUGUUUAAAACUUUAACAACUUAAAACUUAAAAAAAUAAACAGUAUUAUUUGGGAUUCCAUGUAAUAAAAAAGACAA